AAGUGGAAUCUGCCCCGCGCACUUCCUGGACACGCAUCGACCGGUCGUUCAAGCAGCUCUGUACCUGACUCGCAGGGGUCGAUGGUCAUUCAUUAGUGCGGCUCUCUCUUAUCCGCACGGUUUAUGAUUGUGGCUUUGCUGCACAGGCUGUCGGAGAAGCUCCCACGCGUCGUGCACAGGUUGAGUGUGAUGAUGAAGCCGCAGGUCGUGUUUGUUUUGGGCGGGCCUGGCGCGGGGAAGGGGACACAAUGCGCGAGAAUCGUGGAGAACUACAGCUACACUCACCUGUCUGCUGGAGACCUGCUGAGAGAGGAGCGCAGCCGCAGCGGCUCCGAGUUUGGUCAGCUCAUCGACUCCUUCAUCAAAGAGGGCAAAAUAGUUCCUGUUGAAAUCACCAUCAACUUGCUGAAAAAGGCAAUGGAAGAGACCAUGAAAGCCGAUGAAAAGAAGUUCCGCUUUCUUAUCGAUGGGUUCCCACGAAACCAAGACAACCUGCAGGGAUGGAACACUGUCAUGGACGGGAAGGCGGAUGUCAAGUUUGUGCUUUUAUUUGACUGCGGUAAUGAGGUUUGCAUCGACAGAUGUUUAGAGCGGGGGAAGAGCAGCGGACGCACCGAUGACAACAGAGAAAGUCUAGAGAAAAGGAUCCAGACAUACCUCCAGUCCACACGACCCAUUAUAGAGCAGUACGAGAAGCAGGGGAAGGUGCGCACGAUUGAUGCCUCCCGAUCAGUGGAUGAGGUGUUUGCAGAUGUGAAGAACAUUCUGGAAAAAGAAGGCUAAACGUCCACAGCAAAAAUCCAAAUUCUUGAAAAUUAAGGUGUCUGUUUAUUGUCGGCAGCGCUAUGCCUUCAUGUACCGAUAUAUAUACAUUUUUACUCAUUCAACAGUAAAAUAGGGGGGUUUUUUUAGACGCGAGAGUGUGCUUAUAUCUAUGUUUGUAAGUCUGAAAGGAAAACACUUUUGCUGAGCAAGCGAUCCUUACUUGCUCAAUAUUACACUGAUGAGGAACAAUAUUUGAUUAGAGAAUCAAGCAAGCUUGAGCAAUAAUGUUCAGUGCACUUCUGUAGGAAGAGAACAUGCACGCUUCUGCUCUUAACUUCAGGAUAAUCUUUCAUUCAGUGUAUAAAAUACUGCAGUUCCUAUUGGCUCCUGCACUUAACCGUUUCAUUCUCUAAGCUAUGAAUGACCAACAGGAAGCAAGAGUGUUUGAGUAGAUUUCCAGACCUGUUUGUGUUAUAUUUGGUGACAUGUUUCUCAUUGUUUUGUAUUGUAAUCCACAGCAGGUUCUGAGGACCGUUUGCUGGAGAGCUGAGUUUUAGCUGUAUGUUUUUCUUUUAUCAGAUUGUGGCUGCUGUGUUCCAAACACGUGCCAUCUUUGCUCAGGCAGUAGAUUUUAAGAUGUGGGGAAUGGGGGCUCAUGCUUUUAUUUGAUUGUCUCAGCAUCUUGGUGUUGUUCAUGAAGAAACUGAAUUUGUCUUAUUGAUGUGACCGUUCCAUAAAUAGCACAAAACAAUAUAU